CCAACAGGCUCUGCUUGAGCUCUGCAUCUGUGUCUAACAAAGGCAAACUGCUUGGGCAAGUUUCUCACAGGGAGCUGAAGCUCAUUCCCCUGUGUGUUGGGCUCUUGUGCGAGGCUCUAGCAAAAUUCUCCUGGGCAUUUCUCUUUCCACAUAGCAUCUUAAGGAAUGGAGAACUGGGAGUGUGAACUUUGAAACUAGGAAGAAAGAAGUAUAAGGGAUACAGGAUUUCCGGUGCUCCAGUACAGUGACAGACAGCCUUGGUUUUGCCAUGCCUAUGGACAGCUUUGAGGAGCUGCAUAACAAGCUCCGGGAGCUCCACGAGAAGGAGAUACACAGUUUGCAAGCAAAGGUUACAGAGCUGACCAUGGAAAAAUGCUGUGACUCACAGAGGAUAGAGGAUUUAUUCAAGAAAAACCAGCAGCUACGAGAACACCAGAAGAUGCUUCAUGAGAAUGUCAAGCUGUUGGAAAACAGGUUACGAGCUGGUCUGUGCGACAGGUGUACUGUCACUCAAGAUGUGGCUAAGAAGAAGCAGCAGGACUAUGAGACUUCUCAACUACACAGUCUCCAGCACAUUACCAUUCUGGUCAACGAGAUGAACGUGUUGAAAAAGGAAAACAAAAAGCUUCUGGAAGAGGUCAAGAACCUCAGAAGCAUGUUGGAUGAAAUGAAUGGCAGACAUCCCAAAGCACCAAUCCCAGGAUGCAGCUCACAGACAGACGUAGCCAAACAGACGUUAGAGGAAAGGGCUGUGAGGCUGCAGUUCCACAACAGUCUUGAGAAAAGAUGCCACCAGCAACUAUCAGAGGGAGGGAUGUCUGGAUAUGGAAAGCCAACAAGUUGGAGCGGACAUGAAACUCAAGUAACUGUUGAUCAGAAAACCGAUCAAGAAACUGACAGUAAGAACACCCAGCUGGUUUCAAAUCAACUCCACCGAACCAUUGCAAUGAUGGCAUCUUGCAUGAGAACAGAAAGUGCCAGAGCAAGCCCAGGGGCAGAGAACAGGAAUGAAAGCAAGGCAGGAGUUAAGGGUUCAGAGAAGCCUAAGAGACAUGAAGUGGUUUCCCCACCAGCAGUUAGAAUCAGGAUCCCAACAGAAGAAAAACCCCACAUCCUCAAUGCACAACUGGCAUACCGUGCUCACAGCGAACAAGCACUCCGACUCAAGCUAGACUGGGGUAGCAGACGUCAAGAAAAGCUUGGAGAUCACAAGUCGGCAGUGGAUUGUUAUGAAAGUGUUUACUACAUGAAGGGCCGUAGUGAGGAGUGGACUGUACCACAACACUUCCAUGCCGACGUGGACCCAAAGAAAGGAACGAUCAACAACGCAAGUCCAGAACAUUUCUGGCAUGAAAAUAAGUUUUACCAGCCGGCACCCAGUGGUCUCAGCAAAACCCACAAGGGUGAAAAUAAUAGAACUGAUGGAAUUCUGACACGGGAAGAGAGAAGCCGGCCUUUAAAUCACAACGGAAGUGAUCAGAAGACAGAAACGGCCGAAGCACCUUUAGAUCUAUCCGAUUACAGAAGAUCCAAAGAUCAGGGCCACCCCAGCAUGAAGGCUGAGGCCGGCGCAGAAAGCCCAAGAUCCACAUUAGAGUCAGGGGAACUACAGGGAGCUGAGUCCAACAACUCGUCUCAUCUUAGAGCAGUCAAGCGGUCCUAUAGUGACACAUCGUCCAGUGUGGAUCCAGACCAAUCGCCAGUGUCUUCUCACUCAGUCGCCAGUCACCACUUCCAUCAAGCAAACGAUGGAGACAACGAGGACAGCUCAGAUCAAAAUGAAGAAAAGGACAUCGGAAUUUCAAAACAGUCAAGAAAGGAAAAUGAAGAAAUGAAGCAGAGUUUAGGAAAAGCACUUUACCCAGUCGUCGUCUUGAAAAUGCUGAAGACAGAAACAGAGGCUCCAGAGUCAUCGGACAGCAAGAGGGGUGCUGCUGAUGAGUCUGAAGAGCCAAAUUGCUCCGAAGGGAACGGGAAGGAAAGAAAGAAAAGGAAAAGAGGCGAGGGGCAGGGCAAUGUAGCUUUGGACUGAGGAAACACAUUCUCUACGCCAGUAAAGAAAGUUUGCCCUCGGAAAUGAAAGCUGCCUUCAUUCUUCCCCGUGGAGCUACAGUCUUUUUAGCCUUUUAACUCCAUUUCCAAUACCCCCUGUGUUUAUCUCUGCAAAAGGAAUCAUCUGUUCCCAGUGCCACGCCCAUUGAAAGCACUUGCAACCAUUGGACUUGGAUAUGCUGUGUCUGGACAUCACCAUGGAUACAAUAGAAUGUGUUCUUGAGGGGCCAAAAGCCAGACUCACAGUAUGCCUGCCAUAGCAUAAAUUCAGUCUCCAGACUGAUUGGUCCAAUGAAUUUGCUUGCCUCAAAAGUGUCAUAAAUGAGUUUACUAAUUAUUCUAGUUAAAAUGUACAUCAAUGUGUUUUAUAUGCUAUGCGUUGAAAAUCUUUGCAGGAAGUUGUUUCAUCGACUGUUUGUCCAAAGAGUCUGUGGUGAUGUGUUACCUGCUUCAUGUGAGAAAACAUAAAGGAAUUUCCUCUAAAGUAAAUGUAGACACAAUGGGUCGUAUUUAUUAAACUUUAAAAAGGAUUAGAAGUCCAUUCUCUUUUUCCUAAGCACUAUUUAACGUCAGAGCGUGUUCAUAAACACUAUUCAAAUAUAAUUCCUCAAAACAAUCAUUUUGUGAAUAGGGCCCAAUAUUUCUAUAUGUAAAUAAUAAAAAGGAAGAUAUUCAUACUGCAUUUCCAAAUGCAAACACAUUUUGUUUUACAAAACUUCUUUGAAAGCACAGGUCUCCUCUAUUGUUUCACAUAAUACUUCCUGAUUCAUAAUUAAAUAGGAAUUUAGUCCCCUCUCUCUCUCUCUCUCUCUCUCUCUCUCUCUCUCUCUCUCUCUCUCUCUCUCUCUCUGGCUCGCUUAAGUUCAAAUACUUUAUUGGCAUAACAAGCAUUGUCAAAGAUACAAUGCAUUAGAGAACACAAAAGAACAGACAUGAAAUAAACAGAAUUAUAUAUAUACAGUAUAUAUAUAUAUAUAUAGUCACGAGUGACCCUAAAACCUGUCUUCCCUUUUUUGAGUGAAAGGUGUAUGCUGCAGAGAUGGAUGGCUCUUCGAUAGAAACAGCUUAAUUUAUUAGUUUUUUGCAGGUAUCAGGCUUUUAAAGACACAACUGUGGUGGCUUUGACAGACUCACUGAGAGCAGAAACUGAACCAAGACUGUCUGUCACUGCUACUGGUAGCAGGCUGAUCUUUGGGAUACAAAUUGAACAUUUGUGAAACUGCAACAAAUGUUGUAAUGACUGUAAUGUAUUUUAAAGAAUAUAAAGUCAGCAGAAAUAUUAAAUAAAUUGUUAAAACACACUAUUCAGAAAUAAAUGUUAUAAUGUACUCUGUAUUAGUUUAUGAGAAUAUUGUAGGAUUCUAUAUUCCUGUUAAUUCUAGUAUAACAGUAGAAAAAUAUUAUUAGUGAAUGUGUAAGGUCUGAAAAGAGAGCUCCUGGUAUCAAAAGGUCAGGCUGACCUACUGAAAGUUCCAAACUUCCCUUAUGAGGCAAAAGCAUCUUUUUAAUUUGACUCAGAACCUCAAACAUUCCGAUCUAGCGAGAACAGAAUGACAAACUCUAUGGAGCACAGUUAAUAUGCCAGAAACAAUUGAACUAAAAUAGGUUUGUGGUUCUACUAUAGUAAGAAAAAAAAAGUAUUUAAAUAAAUAAGAAACCUAAUAUAAUAACCUUAAGUAAAUGAAUGAGGAUGCUAGGUGCCUAAUUAAAAUUAAUCUCUUGCCUUCUGUGUAUAUCAAUGGAGUAAAAUAAAAUGACAAUUUAUAACAGAGACUGCUAUAUUGAAGUAUCUGAAUUAGAAAUACAUGUUAUAAAAUCAUUUAAAGUUAAACUGUUAUACAAAUAAAAUUAAGUUCAGUACUAACUGACAAUGUCACAAUAUUGUAAUAACUGUACUGUGUUUUAAAGCAUA